GUGGUAUUGGAGGGGGACAGCGGUGGUGGAGGUGAGGGAAGACACUGCUCACUGAUGCUGUGCUGCCAGACUCAGACCGCGGCCGAUGAGUUACGUCUCCUCUGCACCAGUACCUUGCAUGUCCUGCAGCAGUGUCUAACCUCUCCGUAUGUGCUGCACGGCGGAGGCUGCACUGAGACUCUGAUCGGCCACUUCCUGUGGGAGAAGGCUGCAGAAGAGCACCCCAGAGAUUUUUUUACAGAUCUUCGAUGCAGUGAGAGGACGUUUAGAGCCGUGAUGAGGAAUGUGGCCACCGGCUUCCAGAGAGUGGCAGUGUGUUUGGAGCACCACGGAGGAACUGUCGUGAGUGACCCGUGGUCCCAUCACUGCUGGGCCUUCCCUCCUGACAACUGGGUCCAUCCUGGAGGCGGCGGAGAGAGCAAGACAGUGGGAGACUGUGUUAUGAGGAACAGGUGCCAUUUUCCUGCCGGAGGCUCGAAAAUAUCCGCUGGCAUCACUGCGCGUGAUAGUGUUAGUGGGGGGAAAGGUCAAUGUGCACCAGCUGAUAAGAAACAGGAACGGGCGUCGAGAUACUCAGAUUCAGAGAGGGUAGAUGGCACGUUGAGAGGAGAAGAGAGUAAGGAAAGAGUUUUUCACAAAGAAGAUACAUUGGAGAUUGACGAGAGAGAUUUUCAGUCGGUCAAGACGUGUGGUUGUGGGUGUGUGAAGCUGUCGGAUCUCCCGCCAACUGCCAAGUGGAUCCCUCUCGGAGCUGACAAUUGCUCCGUCUUCAUCCCGGAUUUCGUUCGGCAGCGUCUGGAGAACACUCCUAGAGAUUCUGUGUUGAGUAGGCCUGUGUUUCCACUUGUAUGUGACCCAUUCUUGCCCAAAGUGCGGGCCAUUGAGGCU